AUGAACCCUCCACUAUCAUUCGCAUUCGUAUCGGCAUUACUGUCCUGUAUAGCGAACGCCGAUCAUUCGGAUGUAGAAUGUUUCACGAAAAUGGUUCAGCAUGUUACGCAGUGUGCCGUGGAAGGACUUUUGAAUACAGACUGUGGUAUGCGCAGUCAUUCUGUCGAGUUCGCACCUAAGCUGACAGUGAAAAAGACAACGGUUUACUCGACAAGAAAACAGCUCGAUGACUUCACCUUAGACAUAACACCCACUGAGCUGCCCAAAAUCUUACUCCUGUUAAGCAAAAUUUCUCCUACCUUGACGAAAAAUCGAACCCCAAUGAGUGAAACAAAACGAAAAACACCAGAUUGGGCAUUUCCUAUAUUUUUACGAGUGGAACUACUCACAAGGUUGCUGAAACCUCUUCGACAGCCCAUGCCCGCUUUCGCCCUUCUUGGGGCUCAUCAGGCGCAGUCCCCGAGUUUCCGUCAGCCUCAUGUUCUGCUUGAAGCCAAAUUGGACCGAUUUCGACAAAUACACUCAUUUGCAUAUCAAUUAGUUUUUCACGGAGACUUAAGUGAAGCUCUCGUUUAUGAUGUUCUUCAACUAAACAUAAGGUUGACGAAAGCCCGGGGAUUGAGCCUACCUGACGAGCCCCAAGAAGGACGAAACCGGUCGUGGGCUGUCGAAGAGUUUUCAGUGACCUUGUGA